AUGGAACCAGAAAACAGUACACAGAUUUCUGAAUUCCUUCUUCUGGGAUUGUCAGAGGACCCAGCGCUGCAACCCCUUAUAUAUGGGCUCUUCCUGUCCAUGUAUCUGAUCACUGUGCUCGGGAAUCUGCUCAUCGUGCUGGCCACCAUCUCCGACCCCCAUCUGCACACGCCCAUGUACUUCUUCCUGGCCAACCUGUCCUUCGUGGACGUAUGCUUCACUUCUUCCAGCAUCCCCAAGAUGCUGCUCAACAUCCAGACCCAGAGCAAAGCCAUCAGCUACGCGGGCUGCAUCGCCCAGAUGUUCUUCUUGCUGCUUUUUGCAGGGUUAGAUGACUUCCUGCUGGCCGUGAUGGCUUACGACCGCUUUGUGGCCAUCUGUCACCCCCUGCACUACACGGUCAUCAUGAGCCCCCGGCUAUGCGUGCUGAUGGUGCUGGGCUCUGGCAUCAUCAGUACUUUGCACUCUUUGUUGCAGAGCUUGAUGGUGUUACGGCUCUCUUUCUGCACAAACCUGGCCAUUCCCCACUUUUUCUGUGAACUUAACCACGUGGUCCACCGUGCCUGUUCUGACACUCUCCUUAAUGAUGUGGUGAUCUAUUUGGCAGCAGUGCUGUUGGCCAUGGGUCCCCUGGCCGGCAUCCUGUAUUCUUAUUCCAAGAUCGUGUCCUCCGUCCGGGCCAUGUCCUCAGCUCGGGGCAAGUACAAGGCCUUUUCCACCUGCGUGUCUCACCUCUCCGUGGUCUCCUUGUUUUAUUGCACGUGCAUAGGGGUGUACCUCAGCUCUGCGGCCACACACAACUCACACUCAACGGCCACGGCCUCGGUGAUGUACAUGGUGGUCACGCCCAUGCUGAACCCCUUCAUCUACAGCCUGAGGAAUAAAGACCUCAAGAGCACCCUGAGAAGGCUACUGGGGAAGGAGCUGCUCAGAGUGCCAGUUGGGUUUAGAUUCAAACUGUGCACAUGA